CCGAGCAUUGCCUUCUGUAUGAAAUUGUCACUCAAUCGAGCACUAUGCGUGGCAUUUUAGGUAAAAAAUACCGGUAUAUGUUUUUACGUAUCAAUGUCAAGCUACUGUUCUGAUAAGGUUCCGAUAACGUAUGUUUGUAAAUCAACUGUUAAACGUCUGGACAAGCAGAGCAUGUUGUCAUUUAAGCUUCCACCCUAUAACAGUGUUCGUAGGAAAGGAGAGUGGUUCAACAGUGGCCAUCGUUUGAAUGUGGAUGUCGUAUUUUAGUUAAUAUUGUGGAGAGUGCAUUAAGACCUGAUUUAUUAUGCAAAUCUGUUGUAACCAUUUUAUAUCACUGUUGUAUUUAAUAAAUUCAUCAUUUUACAUUUAGUUUUUCCGUUUAUGUGCUUGUAAGGAAGAAAAUGCCUUUUGGCUGAAUUCGAUCAUUGAAACGGAUUUUGCCUACGACACGUGCGCGCAUUGUUUUCAUGACGCGGUAAUUUGCAUUCGUCGACCAAGAGAUAUGUGUCACUAUACACAGGUAAAAUUAAUCUUGCUAGGCCCUGACGGAGAGAGAGAUAAAAAGUUAGCACACGUAACAACACACUUCUUGGACAGUUUUCUAUGAUAUCGCUGAUUAAGGAUUUAUAACCAAAUUACGAUAAUAUUCAAAAUGGAUUAGACUUCCGUAUGGAGAAUGAUCCCGUGAAAUGAAGUCCAAAUUCUUCCGCGUGAUGAUAGCUUUGUGUUGUGCUUUGGUGUUAUUAGUUGUUUACAUGUCAGUGAAAUACACAGGAAGAAGACGAAGACUUCAGUUCAAGAGUCGAACGGCAAAUUCAGGACCUUUUGGGGACAUGGACUAUACGUUAAUUUCCAACGAACACAAUUUUAGCUACAUAAUAUCGGAAUCAGACGCAUGUAGACAGAAGGAUUCGAUAUUUUUGCUAGUGGUCGUCUGCAUUUCACCAGCAAACAUAUUCCACAGGCAGACGAUAAGACAAACAUGGGGGUCAAUAGUUACAAGAGAUCCGCAAGUGAAACUCGUGUUUUUACUGGGGAAUCCAGGAAAUGCAAGUAUCCAAACGGAUAUCAUGAAAGAAAGUUCGGAACAUCACGACAUCGUCCAAGAAGAUUUUGUUGACUCUUACAGAAACCUCUCGAUCAAAUCGGUCGCUAUGUUGAAAUGGGUUUCUCAAUUUUGCGCGGAAGCUGAAUAUAUCUUAAAAGCAGACGAUGAUAUGUUCAUUCACAUUCCUAAUUUGGUGUCAAUAUUGAAGAAAACUCGACCAUCUAACGCCGUUAUUGGGUGUCUUAAUAAUGGAGCCGUACCAAUUAGGGAUCAAACCAGCAAGUGGUAUGCUUCAUAUAAAGAAUAUUCAAAAAAAUUCUACCCAUCUUACUGUAGCGGAACUGCUUAUGUGCUUACAAAAGACUCGAUAGGACCAAUUUACAAUGUUUCACAACAUGUUAACAUGUUUUGGCUGGAGGACAUUUUUAUAACAGGAAUUUGUAGAAGAAUUGCCAAAGUACAGGUUAUAAAUCGAAACGAAUUUACGUAUCAGAAGCGGGAACCCACAGCUUGCUCAUUCAAACAUGCUGUCAGUGGUCACAGAUAUUCACUGACUGAAAUCCAGAAAAUAUGGUCAGAGAUUCAAAACAAUACACAAUGUCCAUAAUAGUGAUUUAGACUGAGCUAAGAAAUCCGCAUAAUAAUUAAUAUUGAUAGAACCAAUGGAGGUGCUUUUCUGUUUUGAAAAUUUUUGUUUAAACGGCAUAAAAUCGACAAACUUGUUAUUGAAAAAUG